CGGUCAACUCCUAUCUGAAAUUUCAGGCCGCGUUAGUUCAUUCUGGUAUAUUCGGCCAGGUGGCGCUUAUAUCACUUUAACGGUCAGAACUUAGAUUUGUGAUCAGAACGUGAUAUAUAUUACGGAUAUCUCUUGUGAAGAUUUUUAAUUUACAAUAGAAAAAAAGAAAUUGGUAUAAAGUGCGUGUGGAACGUGUAUAAAGAAUAUCAACAAUAUUAUCUGAUAAGUUUGCAGUUUUCAAUUUUAAUCAUGGUUGAAUGGAUUUGUAUUGUACCAGGCUGUAAAUCUAAUUCAAAGGCUCCUGGUCAUUUUUUUCCAAAGAAUCCAAAGUUAUCACAAAAGUGGAAAGAAAUUGUAAACAAUAGUAUUCUUUUAAAUUUAUCAUCAGAAGAAUUAACAAAAUACAGAGUAUGCCACUUACAUUUUUUGCCUGAAGAUUAUAUUUACUCUUUAAAUCGUCGAAGACUGAAGCAUAAUUCAGUACCUAGAGUAAAUAUAAGUUAUAUGCAUACAGUUAACAUAGAGGUAAAUGAUAUAAAUAUAAGUGAGCAACAUUCACAAUCUGAAACAAAUAUAACUGAGUUGUAUUUACAGUCUGGACAAAAUACAACUGAGCAACAUUCACAUAAUGCAGUACCUAUUGAAAAUAUAUAUAAUACGCAAACAGUUAAUACAGAAGUGAAUGAUAUAAAUAUAACCGAGCAACAUUUACAACCUGAGACAAAUACAAUUGAGUUGCAUUUACAGUUAGAACCAAAUAUAACUGAGCAACAUUCACAAUCUGAGAUAAGUACAGCUGAGUUACAUUUACAGACAGGAUCAACUACAACUGAAUUACAUUCACAAUCUCAAGAAAGUAAUCAAUCUAAUGAGAUUUUUACAAGUAAUUUUCUAUGUGCAGAAAAGAAUCCAUUGCAAAAUGAUCAAAAUAAUAUCACAAAUAACACAGUUAAUUGUCCAAGUACAUCAAGAAACUCAAGAAAUAUUCUUGAAUCCGUUACAAGACAAUGCCAUUUAACACCUAAAGCACAGAAAAUAUAUAAGAAAGCUAUAAUGUUAGCGAAAGAAAGAAACCGAAUGAAAAGCCGAAUAAUAGAUUAUAAAACACGCUUGAAAGAUGCCAAAAAGUUAUUAAAUUCACCAUUUUGUAAACAGUUUAAUAGUUUAACUCCAACGCAAAGAUUAUUUUUUAAUAUGCAAUUACGAAACACAAAUUAUUCUCCAAAGGGAAGAAGAUUUACGAUUGAUGAAAAAAUUUUAGCACUGUCGUUGUAUAAACAAUCAGGAUCUUGUUAUAAACUAUUAUCAAAAUUAUUUGUUUUACCAAGUGCUACAACUCUCAAAUGUUUGUUACGGACAAUUUCUUUACAACCAGGAAUUAAUAAAUUUAUUUUUGAGCAUCUUCAGCAGCAUGUUGCAGAAAUGAAUGAAAGAGACAAAUUAUGUAUUUUAAUGUGGGACGAGAUGUCGUUAGAAGCCAAUUUGCAAUAUGAUCAACUAGAUGAUAAAAUAAUUGGCUUUGAAGAUUGGGGACAUAGACGCACAUCAUUGAUAGCCGAUCAUGUAUUGGUUUUUAUGGCACGAGGAGUUCUGAAAGGAUGGAAAAUUCCACUGUGUUAUAAUUUUUGUAAAAGUCAAACAAAAUCUGCACAGCUAUUAAGAUGUAUCAAGGAAAUUAUAAAAAAAUUAACUCAAGCUGGUUUAACAAUUAUCACAACUGUAUGCGACCAAGGAGGGCCAAAUAUGACAUGUAUUAAUAAACUUCUUGAGGAAUCAAGAAGGAAAUGUAUACAAACAGGUCAAGAAGAUCGAGGUAAUGUUGAACUUUUUGGACAAAAUAUUGUUCCCAUCUAUGAUCCACCACAUCUUUUGAAAGGAAUUCGCAAUAAUUUAUUAUUUAAAAAUUUGGAAAUUAAUAUAACUAAGAACACAAAAACAAACGAACGACAGUUAGCAUCAUGGGAUAUUAUUGAAUUAGCAUAUAAAAUGGAUAUUAACACGAAUACAUUAAAUCGUCAAUUGCCAAGAUUAACUGAUGAACAUGUAAUUAAAUCAAAGAUAAAAAAGAUGAAAGUUAAGUGUGCUGCUCAAAUUUUUAGUGCAAGAUUAUCAGCUUAUAUUGAAUACAACAGCAAAAUCAAAGGAGGAUUUAUCGACUCACAAAUUGGUCCGCUACAAAUACCAAACAAAGCAGGAUAUGAUACAGCAAUAGUUUUAGAUUUUUUUAACAAAGUUUUUGAUUCCGUUAACGCACACACUUUGCGUCCAGAAACUCCUUUACGUGUUGCAGUAACUGAAAAUAGCAAACAUCAUGAUUUUUGGCCAUAUGCUAUUAAAUUAUUAUCCAACAUGCGGUAUGUAGAUCCAAAAACUAAGCAACCAGUUAAAUGUAUACCAUCACUGAAAAAUUGGAUUUUUACAUUACGUGGAUUUCGAAAAAUUUGGAAAAUAGCUAAUAACGCAGGUAUGCAAUUUUUAAAAACGCGAAAUAUUAAUCAAGAUCCUUUAGAAAACUUUUUUGGCAUGAUUCGCAGCCAUGGACGCAGAAAUAUUAAUCCUUCAUGUAGUCAAUUCUGUGGGUCGUUUAAAACACUUUUAAUCAAUAAUUUAACUUCAAAACAGUCUAUGGGUUCUAACUGUGAAAACAAAAAUGAUGGUGAUUUGUUAUUUACAUUAAAACAAUUUGUGACAAACGUUUCUCACGAAAAUAAUACAGAAGAAAUAGAAGAAGAUUAUAUUCAAUCACAUCAAAUUGCACAUGAAACAAUAGUACACAAGUCAUCUCAUAAAAAUGGUCAAGUAUAUGUUGCUGGCUGGAUUGCAAAAAAGAUUUUGUCAUUAAAACAAUUUAAAAAUUGUCCAGAAUGUAAACAAAAUCUUUUAGCGACAGACACAACAUGUGAAGAAUAUGCAGAGAUAGCUUAUAAAGAAUAUGUACAAGAAAAACCGUCAUUAAUUUAUCCAUCCAUGUCUUUUUUAAAAUAUGCAUUUAUUGAAGCCGAUAAUAUUUUAAAUCAAAAUAUUUCUUUAUUAUGUUUUCGUAGAAACGUUUCUGCCUUAUUACAGGCACGUUUGAACGAUAAAUUAAAUUUAGAUUUUUUAAAAUGUAAUCAACAUAAAAUAGAAUUAAAAAAAGCUGUAAUUCAAAAAAUUACAAGAUUAUAUUUAUUUAAUUUUUGUAAAACAAUUAACAAAAUUUUAUCAGGUCGAGAUACUAGACAUUUAGGAACAAAUAUGAUAUUGACACAAGCAAUUGAACUUUAUAAAAAGAAGCAAAGUCGAUAUAAAAAAAUAUUAAAAAUAUAAAUAUUAUAUUUUAUAGCUUUAAUAGCACGUUAUUUGUUCUUAAGUUCUGUCAAUACAUGUUUCUAAGCAUGUCUUUAAAAAUAAAAAUAUUAUAUAGAAUA